AUGGCUGGCCAGGCGUCACAAUUGGAAAAACUAGGUGAAGGGACCUAUGCUACCGUUUACAAGGGCCGUAACAGGGCUACGGGGACACUCGUUGCUUUGAAAGAAAUCAAUUUAGAUUCAGAAGAAGGUACACCAUCAACAGCAAUUAGAGAAAUUUCAUUGAUGAAAGAUUUAAAGCAUAACAAUAUCAUCAACUUGUACGAUGUUAUUCAUACAGAAAAUAAAUUAACUUUGGUUUUUGAAUAUCUUGAUAGGGAUUUGAAAAAAUAUAUGGAUACACAUGGUAAUAAUGGUGCUUUAGAACCUCAUAUUGUCAAAUCAUUCAUGUAUCAAUUAUUAAAAGGUAUUGAAUUUUGUCAUCAAAAUAGAGUAUUACAUAGAGAUUUAAAACCACAAAAUUUAUUAACAAAUUCUAAAGGAGAAUUGAAAAUUGGUGAUUUUGGUCUUGCUCGUGCUUUUGGUAUUCCAGUAAAUACUUUUUCAAGUGAAGUUGUUACGUUAUGGUAUAGAGCGCCUGAUGUUUUAAUGGGAUCAAGAAAUUAUUCAACUUCUAUUGAUAUGUGGUCCGCAGGGUGUAUUCUUGCUGAGAUGUUUAUUGGUAGACCUUUAUUCCCAGGUGGUUCAAAUGAAGAUCAAUUGAUGAAGAUUUUCAAAUUAAUGGGGACUCCAAAUGAACGUACAUGGCCUGGUCUUUCCCAAUUACCAAAUUAUAGACCAAAUUUCAAUAUGUUUAUUCCACAAGAUCUAAGAACUAUUAUACCAACUAUAGAUCCAUUAGCAUUAAAUUUAUUAAAUAGUUUAUUACAAAUGAAACCAGAAAAUAGAAUCUCUGCUGCUCAAGCUUUACAACACCCAUGGUUUAGUGAAUUCAAUAAUAAUCAUAUCGGUGGAUUAACUUUGGAUCCAAUUAGUCAAGAUACUCCUUUCCAACAACAACAACAAAUACAAACACAAGCUAUCAAUAACCAACCACCUCCACAAAUGUAUCAAUCAGUUCCAUCUCAACAACAACAACAACAACAACAAUAUUAUCCAAAUUGA